UAAACUUGCAUGUUUCCUUAGACUUUAUAAGCUGAAAUAAGCUCGAUUCUUCUUUUGGUUCUCAAUGAAACUAUUAAAACAAGACUGCAACCAACGCGGGUAGAUAGUAUAACAACGCUCCGAGGGAUUGUAAGGGGAGGCAACAACAUCAGAGUUUGUUACAAAUCUAAUGUCUGCUCCCUAUAUAUGCGUCACGUGACCAUAGACAAAAGUCAAAAUGGCGGCCAGACUGACAGCGGAAUUUCUUGACAAUUGGAAAAAUGAAGUUAAUCCCGAUUUGCAAAAGGAAAGAGAAACAUGCACGUUCAAAAUUGAGGAACUUAUCCAUGUUCUAGAUGGUGGAAAAGAAAAUACUAUCAAAAGAAAGAAUUUAGAGAAUAUCUUCUUCACAAGCUAUGUUGACCUGUUUUCCUUCAAGAGGAGGCCAUUUAUGUCCAAGUCAGAGCAGUAUGAGUCGUCGGUUGCAAAGUCUGUGAAAGUGUUUGAGCUGAGAAGAGAGUACAACUGGUCUGAAGAGGACUUCGAUCUCAUUAACCGAAUCCUGAACUAUGACUUUGCCCUGAGUCUACACCACACCAUGUUUAUACCUGGCAUUGAGCGUCUGGCCACAGAUGAGCAGAAGGCUAAAUGGCUCCCCCUUGCCCAGUCUUACCAGAUUGUGGGCACAUACGCUCAGACCGAACUGGGGCAUGGUACAAACCUUCUUGGUCUGGAGACAACAGCUACAUAUGAUAGAGAGAGAGAUGAGUUCAUGAUCAACACACCGCGCCUCUCAUCCAUGAAGUGGUGGCCAGGCGGAUUGGGAAAGUCUUGUACGCAUGCUAUAGUGCUGGCCCAACUGGUUAUAGACAGUCAGAACCACGGCAUGCAUCCUUUCAUGGUCCAGCUACGCAGUCUAGAUGAUCAUACACCCAUGCCUGGAUUGAAGUUGGGUGAUAUAGGAACGAAGCUAGCAGCAAACAACAUAGACAAUGGUUUCCUCAUCCUCAACAAUGUCCGGGUCCCACGGGAGAACAUGCUGAUGAAAAAUGCCAGAGUGACAAGGGACGGGAAAUUCAUCCAGCUGUCGGGAAAUAAGGCCAACUACGCAACAAUGGUGUUAGUACGAGUCAAGAUAAUCUCGUGGACCAAAGACACACUAAGACAGGCGGCUACUGUAUCUGUACGCUACAGCGCUGUCAGGAGACAAACUACACUGAAACCAGGUACACCAGAACAGCAGGUGUUAGACUUCCAGACCCAGCAAAUGAAGGUAUUCCCAUGUCUGGCUGCCGCGUAUGCUGUACAUUUUGUUGCCAGCUCCAUGAUGGACUGGUACCAGAGUGCUUUCACCGAGAUCCUCAGGGGAAAUAACUCACAGCUCGCUGAGCUGCAUGCACAGUCCGCAGGUCUGAAGGCGUUUCUAACUGACAUGUCGACAGGAAUGGUAGAGACGUGUCGGAGGUCAUGUGGGGGCCACGGGUACCUGCAGGUCUCCGGCGUGGCAGAAAACAUGGUCUCUUCUCUUGCCCUUGUUACCAUUGAGGGGGAGAAUACUGUACUCUACCUGCAGACAGCUAGGUACCUUAUGAAGCAGAUGGCUAAUGCUGUGUCUGGCACGAAGACAAGAGGGUCGACAGCCUACAUGAACCGUGACCUGUCCUCGUACACCUGCCCCAUUGACAGCCAAUCAGAUUGCAGGAACUUGAACAAACUACGUGAGCUAUACAUGCAGAGAGCACACAGGGUGGUGAUGGGUGUUGCUCAGCGUCUGCAGAUGGACAUGGAGUCAGGCCAGCCCCAGGAGGCAGUCUUCAACAACAACAUGGUUGCACUUACACGUGCUGCAAAAGCCCAUCUACACCUGUCUACUAUAGACUGGUACAUAGCCAGGGUAGAUAACUUGGUGGCCACCUGCAGUCCAGCUCUGGGCCAAGUCAUGGCAGAGUUGUGUACCUUCUUUGUACUGUGGGGCAUUGUCCAGGAGGCGGGCGACUUCCUAGAGAGUGAGACACUUGGCCUUAACCAGUUAGAAUGGAUCAGACAAGAACAGCUCAACUACCUCACCAUUCUCAGGCCCAAUGCUGUAUCCCUGGUUGAUGCUUUUGACAUGCAUGACGAGACUGUGGCCUCCGCCCUUGGUAUGUUCGACGGGAACGUGUACCAACACUUGUACGAGUCAACAAAAUACGAACCUAACAACCGGACCGAGGUUCACCCGAGCUACUACAAGCAUCUUCGAGGCCUGUUGAAGGGAGGUCAACAGUCAAAGUUGUGAUGUUUCUACAGUCAUAGUGAUCAUAGAGAAGGUUCUUAUUCAAAAUGGUGAUUUUCAUAGACUGAGUCAUACAACCGUAGUGUGUGACCUUCAUCGCAACAUCUUGCUGAUUGUGGGGUGCUAGACUAUUACCUCUUUUGAGAUGAUAAGUUUUUACUGAUUUACGAAAGACUGCAAAAAAAAAUAUAAAUAAAAAAAUAAUAUUGGAGGACUACAGUCUUUUGAAAUUAUAUGCAAUUGUAGGGGAAUAGAAGUCAUGGACUGUCAAACUUUUGUCUUUGUUUUAAAGAAAUACAUCAAGUGCCAGUUGAAAACCAAUCAGGUAUUUGUGAAGUAUCAUUUGUUCAGAAAAAGCUUCACAUUUAUUUUUUUCUAUCUAAGUUGUGUAUAUCCAACAAACAAGGUAUGUCAGACAUCACCGAACAUCAAGCAAGAACAUGGUUCUGAUGAACAAUUUAUUUAAAUGGAAAAAUCCAUCCGUAAAUUAACUAUUAUUUUUUUUAAAUCCAAGUACUAAACAAAAAAAAAAAUGAUGUCAUUUUUAGAAAAUGUCCCAAAAACCGCUACUGUCAAACUAGAAUUUGACCCGUUUAAACUCAGAUCUUUCAUAGAAAACAAACAAAUGUUAUUUAAUUUUAGCUAAGUCUGUAUCUUACUUACUGAAAAGUUCAAUAAUGAGAAAUAUAUAUAGGAUAUCUCAACAAGUCAAAAGGUUUCUUUUAAAACACUUUAAAAAGCUUCCAAGAUCUAUUCCCCUAUGGGUAUGUUUUAUAAUACCGGUAUUCCAGAAAUCAAAUGACCAUUUUUUAAAUCACAUAUUUUACUUCCGAUACCCACAUUUUUGCUAUUUUAUUUUGUUUUGGGCAUACCUACAAAUGAUGAUCUUCUAAGGCUGGCAUAUAAAAUCAUUGAAAAAAUAAAAGAAUGUACCUCUAUUUUGAGGAGAAAAUAUUUACAAAGGCAAAAUAUAGUGAUUUCCCUAUAGACUUUUUCUAGGUUUGACCAUGUCUGUGUAAAUAAAAUAUUAAAAAAAAACGUAUUAAAUGAAAUUAAAUUGAUUGUUACUUAAUUAUAAUAAAAAAUCUAAGAAUUGGUUAACCAGUUUGCUUCAAAUUUUAAGCCAGCCUUUUGUUAGGGCAAUCACUCCCAUUUAAUAUGUUUUUUAAUACACGUGUUAUAUUGCUUACUCAUUAAGAUAUACAGAACCAUUGAAGGUCUUAGUUGUAAAGUGAAAUUAUCUUUGUCUCAUGAUAAUUAUGUUUGCUUUAUACUUGUGUAAUCAGAAUUACUGCUAGUAUCAAACUUGAAAACAAAGUCAGAGAAAUGAAAACAAUCAAAUGCUUGCUCCUGUGAUACCCUUACUGAUUUCACUUCUUGUAAGUAAUGACUCAAUUCAUCCAACUUGUAUUUUUUUAUUUAUUUACUUGUAAUUUGUUUUUACAAUAUGUUUGAGAAACUUGAUGAUUGUUUUGGUAAAAAAAAAAACUGCACUCAGGCUCUUUGACAUUCAUGAUGUUAUUUUUUAUGAUUUUUAUAUGACAAACAUGUUAUCUAUUCCUGUUGAUGAUUAUUAUUCCCAAUAAAAGAUAAAAUGAC